AUGGACACACCCACACCCCCUGAUCUCUGCUGCGCCGACUCUCCGCCGACUCCCGCGCAGUCGGCACACCCUGAUAGAUCUGCAGACCAAGGGAGUCCCUCCCAUCCCGAAGCUCUGGUCAUCGCAUCGCUGUGCGUUAUCCUCCGACAGAUAGCCAUCCCUCCCAUCCCGAAGCUCUGGUCAUCGCAUCGCUUCUUCUGCGCCGCAGGGGGCGCAAGCGAAGAAUUCGGAUUCUUCGCCGAUAUCACAGCUGAUUCUAUCCGGGGAUGCAUGGACAAGAACUUCUUUUCCUCUGCGUUCAUCACCUACGCUGUCAUGAAGUGGUGA